UAAGAUGGAGAGCAGCUUUCUCCUCCAUCACUCGACUCCUAUCUCCUGGACCUCUCGUUCUCGCUCGUGUCUCUCUGUGAGAAACCAGACGUUCUGCUACAAUGAGGAACCUGAUGGCUCUGCUGUUCCUGCUGUCGCUCUGCUCUCUUCAUCUGGUGUUUAGCGCUCCAAUCGGUUUAGACUACAAGACUCAAUGCUGUCAAGGCACAACUACAAUAAGGAUCCCAGAAAGGAACAUUGUGAAAUUCUGGUGGACCAGCAGCAACUGCCCCAUAAAGGCUGUUGUCUUUGAGACUCCAAAAAAGAGAUUAUGCCUGAAUCCUACAACCGCUUGGGUCAUUAAGUACCUGAAAAAACACAGAACCUCGGGACAAUGAGCCACUGAACCUCAGCAUGAGAUUCGAUUUCAACACAGAAC